AUGUCUUCGCCGCCCAACAACCCCCAAGACCCAAGUCGCCCUGACCAGCCGGGCCUUUGGACCGCCCACGCCGAGUACAUCAAAGGAGCCGCCGAGCGAUCUACCAUCGGGAACAAAAAGAGCGCAGUCGGCUGCACUCACGAGAUUCGCAGGUUCGGGCGCGAGUCCGAGACGACUGACAAGGUGAUGGAAGACCAGCGAUAG